CGGGAAUGGCUGACGAGGGGGCCGUGACGGUCUGCGUGAGGGUGCGCCCGCUUAUCGAAAGAGAGAAUGCAGAGCUGGGUGUUAAAGAAGCCAUUUCAUGGAAGAGUGAGAAAUGCAACAUCUCUCAAGUGGAUGGAACAAAGUCUUUUACAUUUGAUCGAGUGUUUCAUUCAGAAGAAAGUACCGCUGAAGUUUAUAAAGAGGUGGCUGAUCCCAUUAUAAAAUCUGCUGUUCGAGGAUAUAAUGGCACGAUUUUUGCAUAUGGCCAGACUGCUUCAGGCAAAACCUAUACAAUGUUGGGAACGAAGAAUUCUCCAGGGAUUUUACCUAUGGCCAUUGAAGAUGUAUUCAAGACAAUAUGUGCAAUUCCUGAUAGGGAGUUCUUACUCCGCAUCUCUUAUAUGGAAAUUCAUAACGAGACGAUAAAAGAUCUGCUGUGUAGUAGUAUCAGGAAGAAGAAACCUCUCAUAGUCCGAGAAGACAUCGGCAGGAACAUCUAUGUGGAAGAUCUGAUUGAAGAGGUGGUGGUUUCACCAGAGCAAGUUAUGAGCUGGCUGCAAAAAGGCGAAAAAAACAGACACUAUGGGGAGACAAAAAUGAAUGCGAGAAGCAGCCGUUCCCAUACGAUCUUCAGAAUGAUAAUUGAAAGCAAAGAAAAGACUGAUUCUUCCAGUUCAAACUGUGACGGGGCUGUCAUGGUCUCUCACUUGAAUUUGGUAGAUUUGGCUGGAAGUGAGAGAGCUAGCCAAACAGGCACCGAAGGCAUUCGGCUUAAAGAAGGUUGCAAUAUAAACCGGAGCCUGUUCAUCUUGGGUCAGGUCAUCAAGAAACUUUGUGAUGAUCAGUUUGGAGGCUUCAUAAAUUAUAGAGACAGCAAACUUACAAGAAUUCUACAGAACUCUCUCGGUGGGAAUGCAAAGACUGCUAUAAUCUGUACAGUUACUCCAGUAUCCUUGGAGGAGACAUUAAGCACCCUUCAGUUUGCUAGUACAGCGAAGGAGAUGAAAAAUAGCCCCAAGGUAAAUGAAGUUCUAGAUGAUGAUGCCCUCUUGAAGAGGUACCGAAGAGAAAUAGAAGACUUAAAGCGCCGCCUAGAAGAGGUUUCUUCAGACUGUCACACCAGAAAUGAAGAGAAAGACCAGCUUGCACAGCUCUUGGAAGAAAAGAACUCACUGCAGAAGCAGCAGCAAGACCAGAUAAGAACCUUGGCCGAGAUGGUGGUCACUUCGUCGUCUUUUUUGCAAGAACAAGAGUUAAAAGCUAGAAAGAAGAGGAGAGUUACCUGGGCCCCUGGACAAAUAAACCACAACAGGAAAAUAUUUUCAGGUUUCCCUGAAACGGCCAAAAGAUUUAAAGCCUCUUUUUUGGCCUUACCGGAGAUGGAAGAAUCUGUGUCUUCAGAAUUCUCAGAGUACGAUGAUCAGUGCCUGACAGUCACUGCUUCAAUACCAGAAGAAGAGUGGAUUCCAGGGCCUGAAAUGAGUCUGAUCCAGAAAGAUUUUGCAGAUUCCGUCCAUCUCUGUGAAACUCUUGCAGCAGAAAGAGACAGUGCUGUGAAUAAACAGCAAGUUACCCAAGCAGAGUUGGAGUUCUUGCAGAUAGAAAAAGAACAGCUGUCGCAAGAAGUAAGGGAACUGACAGAGAAAAUAGAAAUAAAUGAAUUUGUAGUUCUGGAAAAGGAAACCCAUAAGGAGCAUGAGAUGCAACUAAUGCAUGAAAUUUCCAACUUAAAGGCUGUAAUUGCAAAUGCUGAAGGGUACAAUCAAGAUCUUCAGGAUGACUUGAAGUCAAAAGAGUUACAGCUCAAGGAAAAAGAGAACAAAAUAACAGCAUUAGAAAAACAGAUAACUGAGCUAAAUAGCCUUUUGGAAGAAUCUCGGAGGACAGACAGUGGGAACAUAGAAGAGGUGUCUCUAAUGGGAACUUCAAGUCAAAUGGAUGAAAUGAAACGGUCUCUCAGUGAUGCUGAAAUCGUAGCCAUGGAUGCCAAGAAGGAAUCUGCUUUCCUCCGGAGUGAAAACCGAGCACUAAAAGAGCGAAUGGACCAACUCUUGGAUGAUUACAACCACAUCAAAAAAGAUGCUGAGUCUUACAAAAGCCAGUUAGAAGCCGGCAAAGUCAUGUACAAAAAAAUGCAGUCUGACUUGCAGAAGGAAUUGCAAUAUUAUUUUCAAGAAAAUGCAAAACUGACUUCUCUCCUGGAGGGUAAAAUUCCAGAAGACAACCAAUCCUCUGUGGAGCUGCAUGAAAAAAUGGUGCAUUUAAAAAAUGAAUUGAAUAACACUUUAGGAGAGAACAUUUCUUUAAGAAAAGAAGUGGCUGCAUUGUCAGAAACUGGCCCGAAACCUGACCUCGAGAUCUUGCACAAGGAGAUUCUUGAAAAAUCUGAGACAAUCACUUCCUUAACCUCUGAAAGGGAAACCUUGUUGUCUCAAUUAGCUGAAAAGGAACAGAUGCUCCUUCAAAUGGCUGAUGCCCUAAAAGCCAAAGAGGAUUUUGCAAAUGCUGAAGCAGUAAGAAAAAACGAAGCUGUUCAAGAGCUAAAGCAUCAGUGUCAUGGAUUAGAGCGGGAAUUAUCCACGGUAUCAGAAGAGAACACACAGAUAAAAGACCAAAUAGAAAAGUUAAUUGGUGAAAACCUCAAACUCAAUGCAGCCAUUAGUGAGAUAGUGCAAGAGCUGUCCAGCAAGGUUGAAGAACUCCAAGCAAAGGACCUAGAACAGGAGAAGUUUCUCUGUAUGGAAGAACAGCUCAACCAUGCCCGCCAGGAGCUGAGCCACAUGGAACAGCAGCUCAAAGAUCAGUUGAAGGAUUAUGAGUCUAAAGUGGCAGCUGGGGAGGUGGAAAGGCUGGCCCUCGUCCAGCGACUUCAAGGCAGAGGAGAAGAAAUAAGUGCCCUGUCCCAGGAAAGAGAUGAGCUGAAGCAAAUGCUGGAGGUACUUCAGAGAGAAAGAGAUCAAAUGAAAGAUGACAUAGAAGAGUCAGUGACCGUGAACAUUGAAGCACAGAAUGAACUGAGAAGUACUCAGACUGCUCUGAAGCAGUGUCAAAAAGACAUCAAAGAGCUGCAGGCAACAGUUUUAGAGAGAGAGUCCCAAAUUGCAAGUCUUAAAGAAACUUCGGAGACUACCAUUAAUGAGCAGGAGCUACAGAUAUUGAGAUUAACAGAAGAUUUGGAGCAGGCCGCCCUGGAGAAGAAUCAAUUAAACGCAGGAGGGGAAGUACUAAAAGAAAAUAAUGAGCUUCAAUUAAUGAGGGAGCAAAUUUUCUGCCUAGAGGAAGAGAAAACUAAGUUACAGCAACAACUGGAAGCUAUGCAAGAGGAAAAGGCUCUGAGCCAGGAAAGCCAUCAAUUGCUGACCAUUCACAUAAAAGACUCUCAAGCAAAGGGAAUGCAAGAGGAAGAGCUCAUUGGCAUGAAAGAAGAACUUGGCAAAACUCUUCAGAAACUGAGUGAAAUGGGAGAGCAACUAAGAGCCAGUGAGUCCAGAAUGGAAGCAGACAAGCUGGCGAUGGCUCAGGAACUUUGCAAGCAGGAAGAAGUAGUAAGAUCUCUCGUUCAGGAAAGAGAUCUCUUGAGACAUGAGCGAGAUACUCUUCAGCUCGAGAAGGAACAAGUCCAAGAAGAAAUGCGAGUCAUUCAAUCAGUGCACUCCAGCAAGACCCAAGAGCUGCAAGACCAGGAGAAGGAGCAAGAAGAGUAUCUGCAAAUGGAAGAGCAGUACUCUGGGGAAGCCCAGCAGAAUAAGAGUGAAAUUGAACAUCGGAAGGAUCUGGAGUCCAGGCUUGAGGCUAAAGAGAUGGAGAUCCAUGAAAUGGCUGAGAGACUGCAGCAGAAUGAAGAAGAGAGAAAAUGCUUAGUCCUGGAACCAGAUGACCUGAAGCACAAGUGGGAUGGUCUCCAAGUUGAAAAAGAGAAUCUCAAGGAGCCACUUGAAGUGACCACCACAAAGCUGGCCAGCAAUAUCCAAGAGUGGCAAGCAAAGAAUACUCAAGAGGAAGAGCUCAUCAUUGCGCAGGAGAAGCUCAGCCAAGCUCUUCAGAAACUGAGUGAAAUGGAAGAGAUGAGAGAGCAACUGAAAGACAGCGAGCACAGAAUGGAAGCGGACAGGAUGGCAGCUGCUCAGGAACUUCGUGAACAUGAAGAAGCAAUAAGAACUCUAGUCCAGGAAAGAGACGACUUGAGGCAUAAACAGGCUGCUCUCCAGCUAGAGAGGGAUCAAGUCCAAGAGGAAAUGAGAGCAACUCAAUCCAUGUUGUCGAGCAAGAUUCAAGAGCUACAAGUCGAGGCAAGAGAGUUCCUUCAGGUGAAAGAACAGCUCUGUGGUGAAGCCCACCAGAAUCGGAGGGAGACGGAACAACUGGCGGAGCAACUGAGGGCUCUAGAAUCCCGGCUUGAGGCUAAAGAGAGAGAGAAAUUGGAAAUGGCUGAGAGACUUCAGGGUGGUGAAGAGGAGAGAAGAGCCUUAGUCCUGGAAAGGGACGACUUGAAGCAGCGGUGGGCUGCUCUCCACACUGAGACAGAGAAGCUGAAAGAGCUCCUGGAAGAGACCACCUCCAAGCUCUCCAACAAGACCCAAGAACUGCAAGACCAGGAAAAAGAGCAAGAAGAGUCUCUGCAAAUGGAAGAGCAGCACUCUGGGGAAGCCCAGCAGAAUAAGAGUGAAAUUGACCAUCUGAAGGAUCUGGAGUCCAGGCUUGAGGCUAAAGAGAUGGAGAUCCAGGAAAUGACUGAGAGGCUUCAGCGGAGUGAAGAAGAGAGAAAAUCCUUAGUCCUUGAAAGAGAUGCCUUGAAGCACAAGUGGGAUGCCGCCAAAGCUGAAAAAGACAAGCUCAGAGAGCUCCUAGAAGAGACCACUGCAGAACUGGCCAGCAAUAUCCAAGAGUGGCAAGCAAAGAAUACUCAAGAGGAAGAGCUCAUCAUUGCGCAGGAGAAGCUCAGCCAAGCUCUUCAGAAACUGAGUGAAAUGGAAGAGAUGAGAGAGCAACUGAAAGACAGCGAGCGCAGAAUGGAAGCGGACAGGAUGGCAGCUGCUCAGGAACUUCGUGAACAUGAAGAAGCAAUAAGAACUCUCGUCCAGGAAAGAGACGACUUGAGGCAUAAGCAGGCUGCUCUCCAGCUAGAGAGGGAUCAAGUCCAAGAGGAAAUGAGAGCAACUCAAUCCAUGUUGUCGAGCAAGAUUAAAGAGCUACAAGUCGAGGCAAGAGAGUUGCUUCAAGUGAAAGAACAGCUGUGUGGUGAAGCCCACCAGAAUCAGAGGGAGACGGAACAACUGGCAGAGCAACUGAGGGCUCUAGAAUCCCGGCUUGAGGCUAAAGAGAGAGAGAAAUUGGAAAUGGCUGAGAGACUUCAGGGUGGUGAAGAGGAGAGAAGAGCCUUAGUCCUGGAAAGGGACGACUUGAAGCAGCGGUGGGCUGCUCUCCACACUGAGACAGAGAAGCUGAAAGAGCUCCUGGAAGAGGCCACCUCCAAGGCUUUGGAGCUGCAAGAACAGCUUGAAAAUGCUAAUGGUUCCCUCAGAGAAUAUCAUGAUACUGUAGAAGAAUUGAGAGGUGAGAACUCCCAGGCAUCAAGAAUGCAGGAGAAUCUCCACCAGAACAUUGAGGAACUGAAGCAGAAGGUUUUAGAUACUCAGGCAGAGGUGGAGAAGUUGCUGGAGAAAACAAAAUGCCAAGAGCAGCAGAUUGCUAGGCAGGAGAGCUUGAUCAUUGAGCAAGAGGAGCAGCUUCGGAAACGGGAAGCAGAACUUGAAACAGAAACGGCACUGCUAAAAAUGCAGUUGGAGGAGUUGACUGAAAAAUUAACAUUACAAGUUGCUGAAAACAACCAUUUGCUGGCUAAAUGGAAAGCUGAGGCCAAGAAUGUGCAGCAACUUGGGAUGGAGAAUUCUAUGCUUAAAAAAGAAAGGGACAACAUCCAGCAAGCAAUGGAGAACGCUAAAGCUGAGAACGACCAGCUUCAGAGCAACUUGCUUGAAAACACUGAGAAGUUCUCCAAAACAAAUGCAAAAUUGGAGCAAGAUUUGCAUGAACUGAAACAGCAACUGGAAAAAGACACUCAAGAAAAGAUGCCGGAAAACAAAGAACAAGAGAACCUUGAAAUGCUUCAAGCAAAAGUCUCAAAAAUAACGGAGGCUCUGCAGAAACUCCCGCUGAUAGAAAAGAGAUACGAAUAUCUUGGAAGAAUUGCACUUUAUCUAAACAUUGAAGUUAACAAUCAAAAAGCACUAGUGGCAAAAGGUCUUGAAGAAGUGUCCCGCGAGAAGGCAAAACCGAUCAGAAAACUUCAAGUGGAACAUGAGCUCGUAAGCAACAGUCUCCACAGAUUGCUGAACAAAGUGCAGUUCCUUUUUACCCGCCUGUGCAAGAAGAAGGGUGAAUACUAUGCUAGCAUCAGCAACUACACACUGGAGCUGCUUGAUGAGAGGAGAAAACAACACGAGCUGUUAAUUCAGAUCCAAAGUCUUAAGCCUUGCCAGAACCCACAUGCCGCUGUAUCUCAGCAGCUCCGUAUACCUGAACUGAGCCAGAAUUUGGACUUCUAUGGAGAGCAAAUUUGGAACGAUGUGUCCCAAAUGGAUGAUGAAAUUCACAGUAUAGAAGUGAUGUUGCAACAACUGGAGAUCGAUGGCAGAAGAGCAAGCAGGUGUUCAGUUCCUUUUGAUGUACAAGACUUUGAGACGAGAACAAAGCAAGACAGCGAGAGGCUGUUGCCUGUGGGCCGGUUCUUGAAACCUAAAUCUCAGGUUCUCAUAGAAGCUAGAGAAGAGCUAGAAGCCAGGAAAGCUAAUUACUGCACAGAGGCAGAAGCCGCUCUGAAAAUAUGCAGAGAGAGAACGAGGGAAUUGCUUCAGGAACUGAAUACCCUUAAAGAACUGCAAGUGCCUAGUGGUCAUGCUAACCUUAUCCUAGAAGAAGAAAAUUACAGACUUGACAGUAAAUUAAAAGCGCAAGAUCAAGACAUGCAGGGUCUGAAGCUGAAAAUUCAAGAACUAGAAAAUGCAGCAAACAAAGCAGGGAAAAAUCUUCUAGAAAAGGAAAAAAGAAUAGCGGUGCUAGAAAUGGAACUUAAAGUGAGAGCAUCCAAGAGCGAAGUGGUCCGACUUCGGGCUUCAUUAGAGGAGAAAGAGAACUGCCUAACUAGUACAGUAAUGGAGAACCAGACUCUCAAGGCCCAGCUGAACAAAGGUGCUCAACUGUAUAAGGAAGAAAUUGAGGACCUCAAAACUAAACUUGCUAAAGCUGAUAUGGCAAUAAUGAAACAGUCCAAAUGUUUUGACCGGGAAAUGGCAAACGCAAAAGCUCUUGCAGAGCACAGGGGUGAACAGUUAAGAAAACUGAGGGAAGAUCUGCGCCAAGCACAACAAGAUCAAGAUGUAACAGUAAUGUCCAGCAAAGACAUUUCUCAGCCAUCCCUACCUAUAACUUGCGGUGGUGGAAGUGGAAUUGUACAAAAUACCCAGCUGCUCAUGCUGCAGUGUGAGCGUGCUAAACUGGAAAGAGAACUUGGCCAGCUCAAGAAAGAACAUGAACUGCUGCUGAAAAAUGAACUUCUGUUGAAAGAGGAAGUUAAGAAAUGGAAGGAGCGAGCUCUGAAGAUGAAAGAACAAUCUAGAGACAUUAGUGAAGAACCAAGAUUAAAAUCUCCAAGGAAAACUGCACCUCCCUCAUUGGCAGGGCUGUCUUCCUCUCCUUCCUCACGAGCAGUUCUGUCAUUGGAUACACCACCUGUGCAGUUGAAUUGUCCAGUGUCUUUCUUUGAUAAUUCAUGCUUGGGAACCUUUAAUGACGUAAAGCUUGCAGGUGGUGAAUCCACAGAAGCAGCAUCUUCAGAAAACGGUCUUAAACGCAGGAUUGCCAGAACAAAUAAAGACAGCGCCCCUGAGUGCAAGACACAAUAACACCGCUGCUUUUUGUUCGUUUAUUCAUUACUUUUAUGGACUCUAAGCAGAAUCUUUCAGGUUACCAAAGCAAGGAUUUUAAUUUCCUCAGCACUGAGGGGAAUAGUCAGCUAUGCCUGUCAGUUUUAUUUGGCAGGGUGUAUUUGUGUGUGUGUGUAUUUGUAUAUUCUCCUUUGGAUUUUUCCUACUUGCAUGUAACAUUCUAAAUAAAGUUCCAAGA